AUGAAGUUAACAAUCUGUUUUAUUGUGUUUAGUGUGGCUCUCUACGUUGGGGCAAGUGAACCAAGCCCCUGUGAAAGCAAAGAACAAGUCAAUCCGUCGGUGAAUGAUGUGCUUGAAAACGGGCUGAAGUUCCUCGUGGCAAAGUUCGAAGCGAUGGAAGGAAUGUUUUUGGAGACGCGAUUGGAACUGCAUGCGCAUCGUCAAGAUCGUGCUCGGAUGCAAUCGUUACAAGAGAAGAUAUUCGACGACCCCUUAUGGUCUCUUCAUCGAUUGAACGAUCGUAUGGAUCGGCUGGACCAUGAUGUGGGACGGAAUCUGAGUGUUCUUGAUAAGCGGUCUUGGCAAAUCUCGGAGCAGCUAACCACGUGUGCUAGUAAUGACCAGUUCCGUGAUAAAUUGUUCGAUUUCGUACCGAAAAAGAACCGAUCUACUGAUAAGCUCGGACAGGAAGGCACGGUCGCAUUUUACACCUCGACUAAUAACUCCAAAAAGCAGCUUUGUGCCACUCCCAAGGUUCCGGAACAGAAUAUUGCCAUGCCAACGGAAGUUAGUGACACAAAAACGCCAACAACACCAACGAUACCAACGACGACUGAACUAGCUUCGUUUACUUCGUGCAAAGACGUCCCUUCGAAUGUGUCGGGAAUAUAUCACAUUCGUGUGAAGAAUGAUAGUGAACCGAUCAGAGUAUAUUGUGAACAGAAUGCGUAUGAUGGUGGGUGGAUAGUAAUCCAGCACCGAUACGACGGUACAGUGGAUUUUUACCGUGGCUGGAAUGAGUAUCGCGAUGGGUUCGGUGAUUUGGGAAAAGAGUUUUGGUUGGGCUUGGAGAAAAUUCAUCAGAUAACCACGGGACGUAGGCAUGAGCUCGUCGUUGAAUUGAAACACUUUAAUGGAACGCAUCAGUCCGCGCGGUAUGAUGCAUUCGAAAUAGGGAGUGAGAAGGAACAAUAUGCAUUGAAGGAUCUUGGGAAGUAUAAUGGAACAGCAGGAGAUCACAUGACCUGGAACAGAGGGAUGAUGUUUACAACGAAAGAUCGUGAGAAUGAUCGUCACCCUGGUUUACAAUGCGCUCACUAUCAUGGAGGAGCCUGGUGGUACAAUAGGUGUACGUAUGUGAAUUUAAACGGGCGGUACAUGAAAGCUAAAGAUAUGGAAUCAAUGCAUUGGAAUACCCUGCAAGGGUUACUUUUUUCGAGAAUGAUGAUUCGGAACAAGUAG